AUGCCACUGUCAUCUGCACUUCAAGCGCGUUUGAUUGAACGAGGUAUUCUUAAUGCCUCGAAUAUAAAUGCUGCACUUGAUGCUAGUGCAGCAAAUGACGAAGACAAUGAAGAAAUAUUUGCUGAAAGUUAUGAUGAACGUGAUGAUCAUCAUUCAGCGUCAACAGCCGCUGCAGCAGCAGCAUCAGCAACAGUACCAAAAAAAAGUACUUCAAGUACUUUCUCAGCUGCUGAUGUUCUUAUUGAAUCAGAAGAAUGUAUCAAAUGUCCAAAUAAAUGGAAUCCAUAUCAUACUUGUGUUGAAUAUUGUAAAAAACGAUAUGGAAUUAAACAUUAUACACCAGAUCCUGAAAUUGAAAAACGACGUCGAAGAAUGUUGAAAAAAUAUCCAUUACCAAGCAAUUGGCGUGAAGUACCUGAUGCUAAUUUAGAUCGAUGUUAUUAUUGGAAUUUAGAAACUGAUGAAGUAUCAUGGUUACCACCAUCUCAUCCACGAUCACAUAUAACGCAAUCAGCUAUUAAAAUAAAACAUAAAGAAAUGGAAAGAAAAGUAGUAGAAGCUCAACGACAAGCAUCUGGAUCAUCGAAAAAGAAAAAGAAGAAGAAAAAUCCAGACGAUAUUGGAGAACGAUCCGAUACAGAUGAAGAAGAUUUAAAUCCUGUACAAAAAUUAAAACGUAAAAUUGCUGGUAAAAUGCUCAAUUAUGAUGCUGAUCCAAUGGAUCCAUCCUCUUAUUCUGAUGUACCAAGAGGAAAUUGGGCAUCUGGUCUUGAUCUGAAAGGUAAAGCAAAAACUGGUGCUGAUGAAACAGCUAGUGGGGAAUUAUUUCAAAUGCGUCCGUAUCCAUCACCGGGUGAUAUUCUUCGUAUGAAUGCUGAAGGUGGAUCAAAGAAAAAAUCCAAACAUACAUAA